AUGCCAUUCUCACCUUGGACAUGUAUGAUGUUAUAUACAAUUUCAUGCUUGUUAGAUGCGGUGGACGGCAACGCUGCCAGAUAUUUUAAUCAAUGCACUAAGUUUGGUGUAGUUUUAGACAUGGUCACAGAUAGAUCUAGUACAAGUUGUUUAUUAUGUUAUCUUUCCUCUGCUUACCCUUCGUGGAGAAUCAUAUUUCAAUUAUUAAUAUCUUUGGACCUUAGUAGUCAUUAUAUGCAUAUGUAUAGUCAUAAGAAAAUAUCAGAGUCUUCGAAUCGUAUGCUGAGGGUUUACUAUUCAGAUAAUAGGGUACUUUUUGCCGUUUGUGCGUUCAAUGAGUUGUUUUUCGUUGCAUUAUACCUUUUAUCAUUCGAAGGACAAUCUACCUUCCCACAGUGGAGCAUCUUUCCUCUUUAUAUUCUUGCAUUAUUUUCAUUUCCUAUUUGUGCCGGCAAACAAGUGAUUAAUAUAAUUCAAUUGGUGGGCGCAAGCCAGAGCUUAGCAAAAGUUGAUAUAGAGGAUCGCCAAAUGGCAGCUAAAAAAAUUAGUUAA